AUGCCUCCUUGCACCAUAUCGGAAAAAGAUAAAGCUAGCAUUGAAAAAUUACGGGAAGCUGUUAAAGACGAGCUCACUCCGUACUAUGACACCGAUUUCAACCUGCUGCGGUGGCUCCAAGGUCAUAAUUACAAUUUGAAUGUCCUAAUACCGAAAUUGAGAAAUCAUUUACUCCUUCGAAAUUCAAAAUGGGAUUUGGAUAAUAUGGCAAGCAAACCACGCAAUCAUCCGCUGCAUACUUACUGGAAAGCUGGUAUAACUGGGCCAGCAGUAAAAACCCCAAAUGUCAUUAUUAAUAUCGAGCAAACUGGACGAAAUGAUUAUUGGGGAAUGAUACAGACGUUCUCACUGCAUGAAAUUAUGUUGGCCAGAACUCAGGAUCUUGAAAUUUUGCUUCGUCGAAUAAUGGAAAUGGAGGAAAAAACUGGCCAACAAGCUUCCAUUAUGUAUGUGAUGGAUUUGACGGAUUUGAAAUAUGACAAACGUCUGUUGACUUUGAUGACCGGACCACUGGCCAGUAUAUCAACAUUUAUGAGUGAGCAUUAUGUAGAAAUGAUUCAUAAAUUUGCGCUUGUCAAUGCACCAGCAUUUAUGACUUCUAUCUGGACAAUCGUAAAGCCACUGUUACCGGAACGAACUCGGCAGAAGGUUUUUAUAUUUGGUUCAAGCUGGAAAACCGAAAUUCAAAAUGUUGCUAUUCCGGAAGUAUUGCCGGCAUAUUGGAAUGAUGACAAAAUAAAGGUGUUCAAAGCAGAAAUAGAGUGUGCUAAAACGCUUGACCCACAAAAUUAUUAUAAAAAAAAAGUGGAUGAAAGAAGUAAAGUGUUAUCAGUUGGCGCUGGAAAAACGGGUACAAUCGAUGUUAAUGCUAAAGAGGGUUCUGUGAUAAGAUGGUGCAUUCAUGCUGAUGGACAUUUUGGAUUCACUAUUUUUUAUGUGAAAGAUCAAUCUUGCGAAGGCUCAGAUUCAUUAAUUAACAUUUAUCCUAUAUUACCGAAAUUGCCUGGGCCAACUGUGGUACCAAUCAGAGAGGAAAUUAAAUGUGACAAAACUGGUGUAUAUAAAAUUUGGUUCAGUAACGAGCAUGCAUGGUUGCAUACGUUGAAUAUACAUUAUCUGAUCGAUGUUAAACCAGGAAAUGAAUAACUGUAAUGGUAAUGAUCAUAAUUCAGG